UCUCAAUCCAAUGGCGUUGAACAAUUUAUGCAUUCUGGAAAAGCAAAAGAAAAAGGAUAAUUUAAAAAUAGAAGAAGCGAAAGACGUGGAUCGGAUACUCAGAUUCAAAAAACUUGCUAUAUGAUUCAGACAUUAAGUGUCUCUCCUCUCUGUUUUCUUUCUUUUAUCUCCCCCGCCACUCUCUCCUGCUCCUCAACUGCUUCCAUAAAAUUAAACGUCUCUUCCAUUUCUUAAGUUAUAUGCUCUUUUUUCCCCAUUUCUUAUAUAACUUCCAGGUUCCUCUCUCUCUGUUGUUUUCUACGUAUACGAACUUGGAGCUUUGUUUGUUUGUUUACUUUCCUAGAAAGACUAGUCUUUGAACUAGCUGGUUUCAUUUGUUUCAAAUGUUCUCAAAUUGAUGAUGGGCCCUUGCUUUAGUUAUUUGGUAAAUGGAUUGUUUUCUUUUCUUGCUAUUGCCCUUCGUUUAAGGUUUAAGCAAAUUGAUCAUGUGAUGCAAGUUACAUGUCUGGCAGUCUUGCUCUGUUAUAGCUUGGGUUAGAUGAGGAUAAUUCCUAUGUGCUUCUCAAUCUUGCAAGUUCCUAGAUGCAGACUGCACACCAUAGCUAAUUUUUGGCAGGAAAGCUUCCACAGCUCGGCCAGGAAAUGUGGAAACAAAUCUAGCUUUAGGCUGCUUGCUUCCAAAUCCGAUGGGCUUGAAGGAGGAUACAGUAGACGUUGGAUUAGAAGACCUGUAAGUACAAAAACAGAAGGAACAAAUAAAAUCACCCAAUAUGAUAGUAAAUCAACCAAUAUCAGGCAUGAAAUUUUGGAUGAAACAGUUUCAACUAGUGCCACCCUGAGUAUAAGCAAAACUGAAAUAAGUGAAUACCAAAAUAUUCGAUACUGUGAUAUCCGACGAGAGAUUCUUGAGAAUAAUGACCUGGCCAAACUUGUGACAGUUAUUGUCUUUGAUCUUGAGACUACUGGAUUUAGCAGAGAGUAUGAGCGAAUUAUUGAGAUUGCGCUACAAGAUCUCCAUGGAGGUGAAAACAGCACUUUUCAGACACUAAUAAAUCCUGGACGCAUUGUUCCUAACUCACAUAUUCACGGCAUCACGACCCAUAUGGUCUGCAAACCCCAUGUUCCAAGGAUGGAAGACCUGAUACCUAUAUUAUUGCAGUACAUCAGAAGCCGUCAAAAACCUGGUGGCUAUGUACUUUUAGUAGCUCACAACGGUCGUUCUUUUGAUGUACCCUUUUUGAUUAAUGAAUUCAAACGUUCUGGUGUUGAUGUUCCUUGUAAUUGGCUAUUUAUGGACACACUUCCUCUUGCACGCAAAUGGAUGAAAUCUAAAGGACUGAAGAUUUCUUCAAGUCUGCAAGGUCUGCGUGAGGCUUUUGGAAUUAAGUUGGAAGGAUCAGCUCACAGAGCCAUGUCAGAUGUGAGAUUAUUGGCAAAACUGUUUCAGAUGUUGACUUUCAAUCUGAAAACAACACUUCCUAGCUUAGUUGCCGAGUCUUUCACAGUCUCCGAAUUAAUUAAUGUAAAGAAGAAGAAGAAUUGAAUCUAAUUUAUAGUCCGGGAUCUGUUCUUUUUAACUCUGCACUCAUUAUUGUCGAAGUAAACUUCAAAGUCAUGUAUUCUUAGUGCAUCCCAUAUUUUGUCUGGGAAGGCACAGAAAAUGAAAAUGUAUCAUUUGAUCAAAACCAAAAGGUUAUCAUUGAGCAAAAUAAAGUUUGGAUUUUGUUUA